UCUCACAUCGAACACGCCGGGGAUGUCAACCACCCAGUCAACGACUCUGUCACCGGGACUGGACCUGUAGACAGGGAACUUUACUCUGGGAACAGCGGUGCAGAUUAUAUUCCAGGUCAACACCAGUUCAGGGAGCCAAACUACAGCGCCAAUACGGGAGACAGCAACACCUCUACCAACAUGAACACCAACAUGAACACCGAUAGGAACACCUCCAUGAACACUUCUAUGAACACCUCCAUGAGCACCGACCCCAUGGACCCCCGUUCAACUUCCACCAGAGCAGAACCCGAAAUGAACCCCUCUUCCAAGCACAUGGGUUCAAUGCAAAACACCAACAUGCAGGAUACUGCUUUGCCCUCCUCCUCUCCCGCCGGAGACGUGCCCAUCCCCGACGACAAACCGGAGAAGAAAGGAGGCAAACGCGGUUCAAUGUCUCGGUCGAGUAUCGGCGCGGCGGGCGUGAUUCCCAUUUCGGGCAGCAAGGGGCCGACCUCGACCAAGACGUUUGAUCCGCAUGCUACGCCUCAAUCUACUCAUACUCAUACUUCUUCUGCUUCUCGUAUGGCUGAGCAUCGUAUGAGUGAUCGUAUGGGUGCCGAGCCUCGUAUGGGUACUACUGCCUCCCAUACGGCUGAACCCCGUAUGAGCGGUGUUUCUCAUACGGCUGGGACUGAAUCUCAUAUGAGUGGUAUCUCUCAUCCAGCUGAGACUGAACCUCAUAUGAGUGGCGUUUCUCAUACAGCCGAGACUGAACCCCGUAUGAGUGGUGUUUCUCAUACGACUGGCGCUUCUGGCAUCCAAGGAGGAAACGCUAUGGCCGGCAACGCGGGAGAUGACUAUUACAAUACUCAUUCAAGACGGGAGGACAUCGCGACAGGCAAAUUGCAGGGAGAGUCUCUUGGAAUGGACUAUGGAAGUCAACGAGUGUAAAGCUUUUCGGACUCAUUAUUGUACUAUAACUAGCAUUAAACUAACUAAGCAUGUAACAUUAUCUUACUAUUAUGAUCAUUAUCUCAUAGAUCAUAUCAUUAUCACAUUCCCCUGACC